AAAAAAGUCUUCAGUCGGACGGAUGGUGGUUUAAUAACUCCAGGUUGCAUCUCCAAAAGUGCCACAGUAUUUCGUGAGAUCUUCGCUGGAUUAAAUUGAAAAGCGAGCAGAACCACACAUCAGCUGGUGGUGGAUCGACCGUGCGUUUGUUUGUGAGUGAGCAAGGCAGUUUCAGUGCAGUGUAAUCAAACAAGUUUUUGGGCAAGGUUCGAUUCGAACGACGACGACGACGUCCACGACGAGUGAUCGAAGUUAAAGCAGUCCGUCGUCAGCAGUGCAAACGAUUAGUCUGUUACGGCACCGUCGACAGUGAACAAGUGCAUUUCCUCAAAGGAGCUUGAUUUACAAGGAAGACUGCUCCUCUGAUUAUAGUGAUUAAUACCAAGUGUUGAGAGAUAGAGAAGAAAAGUUGUGCAGAGUGCUGUGUUUUAGAUUCGCAGAACAAUGGCAAGCAAAGCUCCGGUUCAACGGUUUAUCCAACAUGGAGCUCACAAGGGCAAAGGAAUCGCCGUCUUCACCAGUGGCGGUGAUUCCCAGGGUAUGAACGCAGCUGUCCGUGCCGUCGUCCGUAUGGGCAUUUAUGUGGGAUGUAAGGUGUACUUCAUCCGCGAAGGCUACCAGGGCAUGGUGGACGGCGGCGAUAACAUCGUAGAAGCGAACUGGUCCUCAGUAUCCAGUAUUAUCCACCGGGGCGGUACGGUAAUCGGUUCGGCUCGUUGUAAAGAUUUCCGCGAGCGUGCCGGCCGUCUGCAAGCGGCCUACAAUCUGGUCAGCCGUGGCAUCACCAAUCUGGUCGUGAUCGGUGGUGACGGUUCGCUGACCGGUGCCAAUCUGUUCCGGUUGGAAUGGGGCAGCCUACUGGACGAACUGCUGUCUUCCGGGAAGAUUACGCAGGAGCAAAGGCUCAAGUAUAAGAGUUUGCAUAUUGCCGGUAUGGUCGGAUCGAUCGAUAACGAUUUCUGCGGUACGGAUAUGACCAUCGGUACCGAUUCGGCGCUGCAUCGUAUCAUCGAGGCCAUCGAUGCGAUCGUCAGUACUGCCUACUCGCAUCAGAGGACCUUCAUUAUGGAGGUUAUGGGCAGACACUGCGGUUACUUAGCCUUAAUGGCAUCAUUGUCUAGUGAGGCGGACUAUGUGUUCAUACCGGAAGAUCCAGUUCCGAACAAUUGGCCGGAUAAGUUGUGUGAUAAGAUCCUGCAGGAACGUUCCGCCGGCCAACGGUUGAACAUCAUCAUCGUGUCGGAGGGUGCGAUCGAUCGCGAAGGCCAACCGAUCACGGCGGAAAAGGUCCGCCAGGUGGUGGUGGACAAACUGCACCAGGACACCCGAAUCACCGUUCUCGGUCACGUCCAGCGUGGAGGCAAUCCGAGUGCGUUCGACCGUGUGCUGGGUUGUCGCAUGGGCGCGGAAGCCGUCCUUGCGCUGAUGGAAGCUCAAGAGGACACGGUACCGUGCGUUGUGUCGCUGGAUGGCAAUCAAGCGGUGCGCGUUCCCCUGAUGGAGUGCGUCGAGCGUACGAAAGCCGUCGCACAGGCGAUGGCCGACAAAAACUGGGAACUGGCCGUCCAGCUACGGGGUCGCUCGUUCGCGCGCAACUUGGAAACCUACAAGAUGUUGACCCGCCUGAAGCCACCGAAGAGUGCCUUCGACUCGCAGGGCCGCGGCGUAGGUGGCUACACGAUGGCCGUCAUGCAUAUUGGUGCUCCGGCUUGCGGCAUGAAUGCCGCUGUGCGAUCCUUUGUUAGGAACUGCAUUUAUCGCGGUGACACCGUCAUGGGUAUUCACGACGGUAUUGAGGGAUUGGUCAAUGGAAACAUCAAACGGAUGGAGUGGGCCGAUGUAACCGGCUGGGUUGGUCAGGGCGGUGCCUUCCUGGGAACGAAGCGCACACUGCCAGAGGGAAAAUUCAAGGAAGUUGCCGCUCGCUUCAAGGAGUUCAACAUACAAGCUCUGCUGAUUAUCGGUGGUUUCGAAGGUUACCACGCUGCAGGUCAGCUGGCUGAUCAGAGGGACAACUUUAAGGAGUUCUGCAUACCGAUUGUCGUUAUUCCGUCAACCAUCUCGAACAACGUACCUGGAACGGAAUUCUCACUCGGAGCUGAUACUGGUCUGAAUGAAAUCACGGAAAUAUGCGAUCGUAUUCGUCAGUCCGCUCAGGGUACCAAGCGCCGUGUGUUCGUCAUUGAGACCAUGGGAGGUUACUGCGGUUAUCUGGCUACGUUGUCUGGCUUGGCCGGUGGUGCCGAUGCUGCUUACAUUUACGAAGAAAAAUUCUCCAUCAAAGAUCUGCAGCAGGACGUUUAUCAUAUGGCGUCAAAAAUGAGCGACGGAGUGCAGCGUGGUUUAAUCCUCCGUAACGAGAAGGCUUCGGAGAACUACAACACCGAAUUUAUCUAUCGUCUAUACUCGGAGGAAGGUAGAGGAUUGUUCUCCACCAGAUCAAAUGUGCUGGGUCACAUGCAACAGGGUGGAUCUCCGACACCGUUCGAUCGUAACAUGGGUACCAAGAUGGCAGCCAAGUGUGUCGAAUGGUUGGUUGAGCAGCUAAAGGCUAACACUAUGCCCGACGGUAGCAUCAAUGCCAAAUCGCCGGAUACCGCUUGUCUGCUCGGUUUGAUUCGGCGCCAGUACAGAUUCAGCCCGCUGAAGGACCUCAUCGGGGAUACGAAUUUCGAACAACGCAUCCCGAAGCAACAGUGGUGGCUGAAGCUCCGCCCGUUGCUGCGUAUCCUGGCCAAGCACGACUCUACCUACGAGGAGGAAGGUCUCUACAUAACCGUCGACGAAGAAAUGUCCACCGAUUCUCCGGUAGCUUAAAGAAGGGGAGAAAAAAAUCGUGAUUCGCAGCCAUUACAAAACAGUGAAAACUGUCCCUAGAGAGGAGCAUGGCACGCUGAGAUUGGGAAUCGGUGCCUAUCAUCAAAUUUGACUGCCGAUUGACAGUUUGUUUGCUGAUAAAACUAAACCGGUUUCCUUUUGAAGCUUGCGAUGUCUUCCUGAGAAAGCUUCCGUAUCGCAAAGCGAUACGGGAUAAUUCAGCAGAUAGUAUGUUUGUAAUUCUAGGUCAAAAAUAAUCAAUUCUCUAUCCAUAUUUACACGAAAGGAAUUUGGUUGUGUAAGUGUAAGUUUAAUUGAACUUUAACAGCCAAGAUUCCUUCCGAAAAUUCAUAACGAAUUCAUAUGUCAUAUACAGUGUAAUCGAUAUCUUAGACUGCCUUCUUCUAUCUGUCAAACAAAAAAUAUUAUGAAUCCUAUAGGAAAAAAAAAGAACAUUAUCACAAACAAGAAACCCAAAGAGAAAUACCUCAGUUAGAAGAAAUCGAAAGGUAAAUAAACAAAUCUAAACCCAUGUUAUCGGUGUGAACAAUUUUAACCCUUGGUUAUCUAUUCAGGCUCAGGGGUUAACUGAAUCUGUGAGUAAAGGCAAAAAUAAAACAACCGCGCACACACUCAGCUUUUGCAGAACUUAGCAUCGUUUAGAUUUUAGUUUAUUAUAUGCAUGCCGCGCCAGUGUACUAAUCUGUAGUAGUUGUGUUUUGUUUUUUUGCUCCCACACCUAUUAUGUACCAUAAUUAGAGUUAAAUUUGGUUCGUAAAACCUUCGCGCGGACAGCAUCCAUUCAGCAAGCCGGGUGAAGUUCAUGACAGUAACUUCAAAGUAAGAAAAAAUCUCAUCUCCCGAAAAGAAAAAUUAACUUAUUUCAUGGCGUCACAAUUGAACGACAAAAACAAAAAAAAAAGAAAUUAUUUAUUUCGCUGCUUUACUAUGUGUUGAGUUACUUUGUAGAAAGUAUUAUUUUAGUUUCGUUCUUACGAAUCAUAAAGUGAGGUUUUUUUUAUCAAUAGAAAAAUUUUAUUUUCUCGUUUGAAAAACAAAUAACGUUUCCAGUCAAACAAAAACAACAAACGGCAAAAUAAACGGAUACAGAUAAAUAAAUGUUUUGCGCAACAUACUGUUUUGAAACGUGUUACAAUGUCUGAAGAUGCAGAUUGUUAAAUAGAUACUAGAACAAUUAUA